AUGUCUCCUAGAUCCGAUCAUCCGACUCUCGGCUACCUACCUUCGCACACUAUGUGCCGCUCGGGAACAUCGACAGCAAAUACAUCUCCAACGGAGCCGUCAAAUGGUAACACAUCCCAGCAACGCUCUACCUAUACUCUACCGGGUGGAAUUCAUGCCGCCAGUAAAAUGGCUAAUCAUAUACGCUCGGGGGCUGGCUCUCCAUCGCUCGAUCUUGGUAGCUCUAGUCGACUGUUUUCCAAAAGGGCUCGGGAGAUUCAAGCCCAGGAAGGCGUAUCACUAAAUGUAUGGGGACCCCCUACCAGCGGAAAUUCCACACCUCUCCGUGAGAAUAUUCCUGAAUCUCCAACGGACGGGUUUCCCGACUACUCGCGUUCUUCUCCCCAAGAGUCUCAAGCCUCUACAACCCGCAGAGCUAGGGCCGGAACAGUCCCAUCCCGCUUCUCUCCUGGUGGGAUAACUAACAAUGCAGCAUCUCAACCUACAACGAUUAACAAAGCACCCCGGCCAGCUCCUCUUCCAUCAUUCAAGCCCCCAUCUCCUACUUCCGCUGAGAUGGUCGCUAACGGAACUGCUGCCUUGUUGUCUCGCUUAAGGGCCGGGUCUACUCCCCAAAGAAGUCCCUAUGCUCCGAGCUCAGCAGGUCCAUUUGGACCUUCGGUCUUCUCCACUAAUUGGCCGUCUGGACGAGAGCGAACAUCGACGCUGGUCAGCAUUGCCAGCCAGGGAUCUAACAACCCAGGAUCCCCAUCUCCAUCCGUCUUUUCGAGGGAAGGCGGCGGUGAUAACGAUAUGCAGAUGAGAACACUCGAUUACCUCGGCUUGGCAGAUACUCCUCAACCUCCACGGGCAACACUAGUCAAUCCGUUACUCGCAAAUCUUGCCGAUAUUUCAAAGCAAUCAAGUCGAUUCCGGUCAUACUCGGUUAAUGCCAAAGAAAAGUAUGCAGAGGAAGAAGAGAGCGAGUACACAUCUGCAAACUUGCUACCGUUCGAAGCGCAGCAAGCUCAACUUCAGAUGCAGCUCGCUGCUACACAUGCAGCAAUCCAACAGCAUAAUCUAGCUGUUCAGGCCUUUGCGAGUCAAGCAUCCGUAAACCGACCACGAGCCCGAACCGCAGGUGUUCUUGAGGCUCCAGUCUCACGGAUUAUGAAAAAUUACUACCCAAGUGUAUCGCGUAUAGAUAGUGGCUUGAAUUCUUCCGAGCUAGGAUUAAACGAUGAAUACGAAGAACUUCCCUCUGCCGUUGCGGCCAUGUCCAUGGGGCGAUCGACGAGCCGAAACGACCAUUUUAAUAUUGACGAUAACCCCGAAGGGCCAACUCGAGCACUAUGGCUUGGCAGCAUUCCUCUCUCAACCACUGUUUCAACAUUAACAGAGAUGUUUAAGCACCAUGGUCCUAUUAUAUCUGCGCGAGUUUUAACACACAAAAACUGCGGCUUUGUCAACUUCGAACGCUUGGAGAGUGCCAUAUCUGCAAAGGCUUUGAUGAACGGGAAAGAAAUAUUCCCAGGAGCGGGACCAGUAAGAAUUAAUUUUGCAAAGCCCCCAUCUCCUUCCGGUACUCCUGGAGGUGAUGGACAAUUCCCAUCACCAAGCCCCGAUCCUUUUUUGAAAGGAGAAAAGAACGGCGAUGCUUCAGGUACUCCAACAGGUAUAAUAUCAAGACCAGGGACUGCCCCACUAGCUAUACCUGCCCUUGCAGAGAUGAAACAGGAAAUUUUAUCCAUUGUAGGAGAAUUUGGAGCGUCUCCAGAAGAAAAGGCAAAAAUAACUCGUAGUCUGGACGCCUCCAUCACUGAUAACAAGCGCAAGUCUGAGAUCCCCCCCAUACCAGAGCCCGGUCAUAACAGGAUUCAUGACGCUCCAAAAUUGCGCGACAUCCGAAAACGAAUUGACAAUCAAAGUUUAUCUGUGGCGGAAGUCGAAAUGAUAGCCUCAGCUAUGCUCCCUGAAAUUGUAGAAUUAUCUUCGGAUUACCUGGGAAACACAGUUGUGCAGAAGUUAUUUGAGCAUUGUUCGGAUGAUAUGCGCGACAUUAUGUUGGCUGAAAUUGCACCUCAUAUCACAGAAAUUGGUGUUCAUAAGAACGGAACUUGGGCCGCUCAAAAAAUAAUAGAUGUCUGUAAAACACCUAAGCAGAUGAACAUGAUCGUUAAAAAUUUGCGACCAUACACGGUCCCUCUAUUCCUGGAUCAAUUCGGAAACUAUGUAUUGCAAUGUUGUUUGAAGUUUGGCUCUCCCUUUAAUGAUUUUAUUUUUGAAUCUAUGUUGAGCCAAAUUUGGGAGAUAGCGCAGGGAAGAUAUGGUGCACGUGCCAUGCGUGCCUGCCUUGAAAGCCAUCAUUCGACAAAAGAACAACAACGAAUGCUAGCGGCGACCAUUGCUAUUCACAGUGUACAACUAGCCACAAGCGCAAACGGGGCACUUCUCUUAACUUGGUUUCUAGACACGUGCACAUUCCCUCAAAGAAGAUCCGUCCUUGUUCCUCAAUUAAUUCCUCACCUCACACAUCUUUGUACGCACAAAGUAGCUUACUUGACCGUUCUUAAAGGGAUAAACCAAAAGCAAGAACCAGAAGCGCGAGACAAGAUAUACAAGGCUCUAUUCUUCUCGUCUAAUGAUGAGACACUCGAGACCAUACUUUCGGAUCACGCUUGUGGCGCUACCCUAAUUUUUAAAGUGCUCACAACUCCAUUUUUUGACGAAAGUAUUCGUCCAGAAGUUGUGGAGAAAAUUAGAAAUGUCCUUAUUCGGCUUAAAGCUCAACCUGCUCAAUGUUAUAAGCGCCUCAUGGACGAGGUUGGUCUCUCUCCACGUGGGGUUAGUACUGGUCCUGCGCGUGAUCACGCCCCGAAUGGACCUAUGGACAGGCCCCGACCAGCCUCAACCCCAUCUCAAAUAGUCAAUCAGCAAAUGCCUCAACACUUUAAUGCUGCCCACUAUUCUCAGAUGCAAUCCUCGAGUUUUGAUAUGGGCGUGGCAAGACCAGAGAACAUGGAUGCGAACAUGUCUACAUUUCUCCCCUAUGGACCCAUGUUCAACAGCCCUGGUAUCCCCCCUUUGAAUUUACAGCAACUUCAGUACCAACAAGCCUUCCUCACCCGAGCUGCAUCUCCAAUGAUUAAUGUACAUUCAGGAAUGCAACCUGGUUUCGGAGGUUAUGGAAACGGUAGCCCUGGCCCUGAUACUUAUCGAAAUCAGUCACCCCAGCCUCCUUUGAACCCAGCUCACCACGCACCGCCUGGCUUUGGUGGUAUAGGCGCAGGAAUAGCUAAUUAUGGGUACGGUGGAACGAAUGGAAUGGGUAUGGCUUAUGGAUUCCAACAACAGGAACAACAGACCAUUAGACGAGUAAGAAAUUACCCAACUUCAUUAUAA